GCCAGAGAGUCCACUGCACUCCGGUCUGCUUCAGUUCUCCUAUGCCUCUGUUUUAGUCUCUGUGAAUUCUGGCCAUUGGCGAAUAGCAGAAAGCACGUGACUGUGGUAGUGCUUCAGAGGAAGGAAAUUUUCAAUUUCACCAUGAAAUCCUUGCGGUGAGGAAUGGCCUCCUAGGGGAGGUUGGUUUAGCGCGUGCUGGGUUCGUCUGUUGUGUAGGGAAGAGGAAGGAGAAAGAAAAUGCUGAGGAUGUGUUGAGUGUGGCACCGUCCGUGCCUUUUCCGUUUAUCAUCGGUUUCCGUGUGAGAGUGAACGUAAGGAAAAUUCGAGAAUACGUCGAUAUUCAGUCUGCGAAUUUCCAGAACGGUUUCGGAUGCAUGUCAGCGUGGAAGGAUUCUAUCUGCCCAUCUCCCAGGUGUCGUGAUUCCUCGAGAUGAACGAACUAGAUGCCCUCCGGCAGGAAGCUGAGACGCUCAAAAACAAAAUCAGAGAUGCUCGGAAAGCGGCCUGUGAUACAAAUUUGGCCCAGGCAACGGCCACCAUUGAGGGAAUCGGUCGGAUCCAGAUGCGCACCCGACGCACCCUCCGAGGCCAUCUGGCCAAAAUCUACGCCAUGCAUUGGGGCUCCGACUCCAGGAACUUGGUGUCGGCGUCACAGGAUGGGAAGCUCAUCGUGUGGGACUCAUAUACGACGAACAAGGUGCAUGCCAUCCCUCUACGCUCCAGUUGGGUCAUGACCUGUGCCUAUGCCCCUUCCGGCAGUUAUGUCGCCUGUGGUGGCCUUGACAACAUAUGCUCCAUCUAUAGCCUGAAAACUCGGGAAGGGAAUGUGAGGUUAUGGGAUAUACGAGAUGGGAUGUGUAGGCAAACAUUCCCAGGACAUGAGUCAGACAUCAAUGCUGUUACUUUCUUCCCAAAUGGGUGUGCAUUUGCAACGGGCUCAGAUGAUGCAACCUGCCGGCUGUUUGACAUCAGAGCAGACCAGGAGUUGGCAAUGUAUUCACAUGACAACAUCAUCUGCGGCAUCACAUCUGUCGCUUUCUCCAAGUCUGGUCGUCUCCUACUUGCUGGCUAUGAUGAUUUCAACUGCAACGUCUGGGAUUCCCUUCGCGCCGAACGUGCUGGUGUGUUAGCUGGGCAUGAUAACCGAGUGAGUUGCCUGGGGGUAACAGAGGAUGGAAUGGCUGUGUGCACAGGCUCCUGGGAUUCCUUCCUCAAAAUCUGGAACUAGAUUCAGCCUCCCAGAUAUCCUCCAAUGAUGGACCUGAUGUGACAGCGAUGACAGUGCAGCACAAGACGAGUUAUGAGACACGUGUGUGCUUUGUGUGCUGUUCGUGCAACAUGCAUGUGUGCAUCGCAUGUUCACCAUCGUCUGGUUCAUUCCGAGUGAAAACGAGGAGACAGACAGGAUGGUUUUCCUAUUACAUACCACAAAAAAGUCACUAUUGCGUUAAGUAUGGGAGAGAGAGAAAGACAGAUUGUUUUGUGCCAUCCCUCUCUGUCUGUGCAUGUGAGAGAGAAACUCUGACUGACUUCAACCAAGUGUAUGUGAGGGAGUUUGAUUGAGUUCCUUAUUCUCUCCUCUGCCAAUCCGUCUGUCCAGUUCCAUCGCUGCUGUGUACUGCUUUGCCUGGUCUGGUCUCAGUACUGGUCUUUGUUUCCUCUCCUUCUGUCAUGGAAUCUACAUAGCCUAGCAAGACCAAAAAAAAAAAGGAGACUCAGUUGAUGAGACAAAAUUUGUCCCGAGCGAGAGCGGAUGAAAGAGCAACAUUUUUUCCACUGGUAUGCUGCGGAAAAACCAACACUGUCGAUCGAUUUCUUCUUGGGACCACAUGUGUGUUCUUUGUGUCUAGUGUGGAGAGAAAACAGGAAAAAAAAUUCUCUAAAAGAGGGAGACAGAGAUGAUUCUGUCAUAGUAUUCCAGGAUAUGAGUAUCAACUGGCUUUACAUUCUUUCCCCUGAAAAAAGACCUUGCCUCUCCCUCAAAAAGUUUCAAGCACUUGUGAUGAUGGUGAUGCUGGGUUUACUUCUCGUGUGUGCUUAGGUGAGUCUGUUGAAGGGGAGACUUCUCUCUUCCCUCCUCAUUGGGUUGGUGUGAGAGUGAGCUAUCAAUUAAAGUGAGAUCAUGAAGAGGGAGACUUGUUUCUUCUCUCUUUCUUCAUACGAGGAGCGUAUGUGCAGAUAUUCGUUCCUCGGCAUCGGCCAAUCUCUCAAAACUGCCACAUUUUUCUCAUCCUGCGAAAAAAAAAGAAAGAAAAAACUAAGAAGCCAUUGCCUUGUUUUGUGAGAGUGAGCGAGAGAUCUAUCCAGCAUCCUCUUUCUGUUAUCCUUGCUUUCGUACUCCAUCUCCCCCUUGAUCCGACAGGCUUUUGCUGUCUUCCUCCAGAAACAAAGGUCACCUGUGUAAAGGGCAAGGAAUUUGCUUGAGGCCAGGCAUUGGCCCGGGAGCCACUUCUUCUGUCCUGUGCCUUCUACCCCACAUUGUCCAUUCUCCUGCCAUCAACAGACUUGGGGAAUGGCACAGAUGGAAUGAAAAGGGCUCGUGGCUCCCGCACCAUGCUAAAGCCUCAUCUCUGCUGUGUCGUUUGCUGCUAAAGCUGCCUCUGCACCGUGUCCCACCCACUCAGACCUAAAAAGCAAGAAAAUUUUAAAAUGUUCCUGUGCUUGGAUUCAGUAUCUUGUAGAUGGAUAUGUUUCCAUUGUGAUUUUUUCUGUUUUGGCUCUUUCUUCAUCUCGCAUUAGGUGCAUAGCUUGUUUGUUUUCUCUUGCCAAAUAUUUAUUUGAUUUUUCAAAGUGAUCAGGGGUUGGAUUGAUUGAUAAUGUGAGAUGUCAUGCUCAUUCAUGCUGGCUUUAGGUCACCUCCAGUCACAUAUUUUCCCAAGGUGGCUUUUUGCCUUCUCUUUUCAUUUGAGUUACUUUUUUUAAUUUUCUUGCUGUUCUCUGUUCCUCUGCUGCUCUGAUCAAGAUCCGUGGAUGUACGGAAAUGAACCAAGGGAAUUCGUGUAGAUAUACAUUCAUUAUACAUAGACGCAUCUUCUAUAUGCAGUCAGCUGGUACUUAUUUGUCAUUACUACUGUAUGUAAGGAAGUGACAACUUGUCUAAUAAAGCUUCAGUCUUUACAAUAAAA